UUUGUUCUUCAAUCUUGAGCUCUUCUUCUUCUUCGUUCCUGCAGAUUUCUCGCUAUACGAUUCUGUGAAGAUGUUCUCGGCGCAGAACAAGAUCAAGAAGGACAAGAAUGCUGCUCCAACGGAAUGCGAGGAGCAAGUUGCUCAGGCUCUGUUUGAUUUGGAGAACACCAACCAGGAGUUGAAGAGCGAGUUGAAAGAUCUUUACAUCAACCAAGCUGUUAACAUGGACAUCGCUGGAAACCGCAAGGCUAUUGUGAUAUACGUCCCAUUCAGAUUGAGGAAAGCUUUCCGCAAGAUUCAUCCCCGUCUCGUCAGAGAGCUUGAGAAGAAGUUUAGUGGAAAGGAUGUUAUCUUUGUUGCCACAAGAAGGAUCAUGCGUCCACCAAAGAAGGGUGCUGCUGUGCAGAGGCCACGCAACAGAACUCUAACCUCUGUUCAUGAAGCAAUGCUCGAGGAUGUCGCUUACCCUGCUGAGAUCGUUGGGAAACGUACUCGUUACCGUCUUGAUGGUUCCAAGAUCAUGAAGGUCUACUUGGAGGCCAAGGAGAGGAACAACACAGAGUACAAGCUCGAGUCUAUGAUGGGUGUGUACCGGAAACUCACCGGAAAGGAUGUCACCUUUGAGUACCCUGUUGAAGCUUGAAGGUGAUGCUGAAGAAUCAUCAUCAGGAUAGAGGGGAGAGAGAGCUAUUGAUUAUGUUUUGUGGUAUUUAGGAUGAAGGAAACUCUGUUUUGAUUCAGUUACCAUAUUCACAAUCUUCAUAUUACAAAGACUACUUUCUGUGCUUUUCAAUUGUGAAACCUAUCUUAAAAGUUUCAAUCUCAUACUUGGUUAUUA